AUGCUUGGACGAUGCCGAGAAUCAUUCAGGACGCGACUUUCCACAUCGAAAACAGAUUCAGGUUGGGCUGCGUAUGGGAUUUUGCUGGCUGCGCUUCUCUCUGAAGGCGUCCUCAUCGGCGUCUGUCUUUCGUUCGGCGUAUUCCAGGACUACUACAGCAACAGAGCCUUUCUCCCGCACAGCGAUGUCUCAUCAUGGAUUGGCGUUCUCGCAACGGGCAUUGCGUACCUGGGAGCUCCCGCCGUCACAUACUGCUGCCAAAACUUGACGAUUCCCUGCCACUACUACAUCUACUUCGGAUGGAUCCUGUGCCUCGUCGGACUGCUUGGCAGUGCCUUUUGUCACGACGUCAGAACGCUGAUUGCCACGCAAGGGCUGCUGUUUGGCCUGGGCCUGCUCGUCGUCGAAAUGCCCACGCUCAUCAUCCUCAACACGUGGUUUGUUGAGCGACGCGGCCUGGCAUUUGGCCUGCUCUGUGGCUUCACCGACCUGUUUGGCGUGGCUUGGGGUUUUCUGGCCAGCGCGCUCUUGAACCACCACGGCAUCAAGGCCGCAUUCCUUGUCUUCGCUGCUAUCUGUUUCUUCAUCCCUGGUGUUGGGAUCUUUUUCCUUCGAGAGAGACCUUGUGCGCCCGCCGCGGCCGACUCCUGCUCCGAGACUGCAUCGGUCAAGGAGUUGACAUCAUCCGCAGAUGUGGAACCGGGACCCGAGAUCCUGACAGUCACCAACGCCCUGCCUUUUCGCCGAUACUACAGCCACGCCGGCUUCUACAUCUUCCUGCUCUCAAACCUUGUCCACUCAUUCGCCUUAUAUCUGCCAUUCAUCUACCUCCCCUCCUACGCCACCGCGCUGGGGUACUCGGCGUCGACGGGGGCCGUUGUCCUCGCGCUCGCCAACGUCGCCCAGGUAUUCGGCGAGAUCGGCUUCGGCCGGCUCUCGGACAAAGUCAACGUCCACAGCUUGGUCUUCUGCUCGGCCGCGGCCGCUUCUCUCGCCGCGUUCCUGAUCUGGGGCUUUGCGAGCUCGCUGGCGUAUCUGAUCAUCUUUGCGCUGCUGUUUGGCGGCUCCGCGAGUGGCUUCCUCACGCUGUGGCCACGCAUCGGCACCAUGUUUGCCGAGCACGACGCCAGCAUGAUCUACAGUUUCUUGUCGCUGGGGAGGGGUCUGGGCGUCAUUUCCUCGGGCCCCAUCAGCUCUGCAUUGCUACAGGUGCAUGGAGAUGUUGGGCGGCACCACGACGAGGGUGACUGGGCAAGGCAUCGUUAUCAAGGCAUUGUGCUCUUUGUGGGUUCUUGCAUGGCUGCCAGUGCGGUUCUGGGCGUUAUUGGGUGGAUAUCGUCGUAUUGGAAAAGAAAACAUGUCUCGCAGUCACACAGUGCCGUUGUAUAG